AUGUCAAGGGCAGAUCCACAGCCGCUUUCAUAUGUUCCUGAGGUAGUGCUGAAGAAAAGGAAGAGUAACGAGGAUUCAGCCUUAAGAAAGAGAGGUAAUGCGGAAGCACGGAAGAAAAGUACCAGAGAAAAAUUUGCAAAUCUCGUUAAAAGGCCUGAAGAUUUCGUCAAAGAGUUCAGAAGUAAAGUAAGUUUUUCUUUGUAAUCGGUCGUAAAGAGAUGUGAAACUUCGAAAUUUGAUUUUUUUUACCGGUGUAAUAUAGCCAUCGAGUUAUGUUUGCUCCAAACAUUUGUUGAAAAGAGGGGAAUUCGGAUUGAGUUUUCUUAUGCUUAGGUUUGCUUUACAUCAUUUGGAAAAAAAAUAGGAAUUUUAAUUGUUUUCUUCCUUAUGAUCUGUUGCACGAAUAAUUUGACAUCAUCGUGAACUAUUUAAUUUACCAUCCCCUGCAUACUACCCAGUAUAAUAUCACAAGAGUACCAUUUAUAAAGCUUUAGUCAGAGUGUGUUUUUUUGCUUAAGUACAGUUUUUCCCCAACUUUUAUGCCCUGCAGAAUUUUUUUAUGGAAAUUGUAUUUUUUUUCCACGUGUAGUUGUGUAUUCCUGCCUCUCUGUUCAUUUUGCAUUUCUUAGAUUCCAAUGUUUUCUCCUCUGUUGUUGUUUCAUUAUUUUAUUAUCACAUCCAAUGCGCAUCUGCUGUAUGAUUAGCGAGGUAUAAGAAAUGGUAGAUGAAGAGAGCCCGGUAAAGUGGCAAAAUGGAGCCCUUUCAUUCAUGAUCUUUACUCUUCACUUCAAAUUUUCUUUACGCUAAACUGCUGAGAGGAUCUUGUACCCCCAUUCUUCACGUUGGUCCGAAUUUAUUAUUGAGUUUAUGAAGCAUUAGGUGCUUUCCACCCCUUAAUAUGGCAUCUCUUUGAUUCAUUGUAAAGUUCCUUUGGACUUGGUAAAGUUUUAUGACUAGAUCUAGGCUGAUGAUUUAACUUGACUGUAGGAGUUGGAUCUUGUCCGGAUGAAGAAGAGGGUAAAACUACGCCAGUCAUCUCUUGUUGAUCCUGAGUCAAAGCUCCUCUUUGUGAUACGUACACAUGGGUUGGUGAUGAUUCUGUGCCAUCUUUUCCCCAGUUAACGUGUCCCAUGUGUUUUUAUGGACGUGAAUAUUUUAUUAACAGCGCCAAGGAUAUGCAUCCAAGAACAAAGAAGGUUCUACAAUUUCUGCGGUUGAGACACAUCUAUGAAGGUGUCUUUUUGAAAGCCAAUGAAGGGACUAUGAGUAUGUUACUUAGGGUGGAACCGUUUGUCACAUACGGGUAAUGCAAUACGACAAACAUAUUAUGACCUUCAGCUACAAUCUGUUCUCGCUUUUCCCUUGAUGGGAUUUACUUUCUGCAGGUACCCUAGUUUGAAGAGUGUGAAAGAACUAGUUUAUAAGAAGGGCUGCGGGAGGCUAAAUAGGCAGAGGUUUCCUCUCACAGACAACAACGUCAUUGAGCAGGUACCCCAUCGGUAUUUUACCUUAUAUAUAUAUAUAUAUAGAUAUCUUAUAUUUCAGAAGGAAAUCCGGCGACUAUACUUGUCCCAUUUAUGAUUUUUUUGGUUGUGGCUAUGUUGCUACUCUGACCUUCCUUAUAAAAGCAGAGCUUGGUCAUCGUCUCAUAAUGCUGUGGUUGCUUCAUGUAUAUGCCGAAGUUAUUUCAUUUAGUAAAUGGAGCUCGAUCUCGUGGAUUUCUUUUCCGGAACACUUGGUCCCUAAUUGAAAACCAGAAAUAGAGGAAUUUGAUUUCUUCUUUAGAGAAGACCUAACGAAGGACCUUGCAAGGAAGCAUAACGUUAGACAUUCCAUCAUAUUGUUGCAAAAGGAAAUCCUAUUGUUAGAUAUGUUUUCUCUACUGAUUUUCUUGGUUGAAGUUGCCCAUGGUCUAUGGCUUUUGGUUCACGCUUUAGGGUUAAGUGAUCAUGGUUUUCAUUCUGAGUCUAAUGUGCAUUGUGUCCACAAUACAGGCUCUUGGGAGCCACGGUGUGAUCUGUAUUGAAGACAUCAUCCACCAGAUUGCCACUGUCGGGCCCCACUUCAAGGAGGUGACAAGGUUCCUCACCCCAUUCAAGCUGAAGAAACCAGAUGGGCUCCUGCAGAAGAAGAAGAAGCCUUUCAAGGAUGGUGGGGACUCAGGUGAUCGCAAAGAUCAGAUCAACGAACUGAUCACCAAGAUGAAUUGA